CUCGGCGCUACUUCCGUCGAGGCCUCAGAGAGACAUUUGAUUUUUCAUUAUUUUUGUGAGUAAACAAACUAAAAUUUGCGAGACUUAAAACAGAGGGAAGCAUCCGAAGAGUUUGUCUGUAGGAGUUUACCGGAGACAUACGGCGUUGAAAAUUAACUUUCUACUUUUCAUCAGUUUCAUUUUGUGGGAUGAAAAUACCAGUUGCCGUUGAAUUCAGUGGUGGGGCCGAGUUGUUGUUCGACAAAGUGAAAAAGCAUGAUGUAGAACUGCCAAACUCUGAGAAAAAAUGGAAAAUACGUCAUCUUUUGACAUAUAUCAGAGAUAACCUACUGAAAGAACGUCCAGAACUAUUUAUGCAAGGAGACACAGUAAGACCUGGAAUCUUGGUGUUGGUCAAUGAUGCAGACUGGGAACUACUAGGUGAACUUGAUUAUGAACUUCAACCAAAUGACAGAAUUGUAUUCAUAUCUACAUUGCAUGGAGGAUGACAUUCCAAGAAAUAAUAUUCAUUAGACUUGUUUCCAAGCCAUUCCCAGAACAAUGGGAGUUAAUGGAGAGUGACAUGCUAAACACCGCCUUACUCUGUUACAGAGUUGAAUUAAAAACAAUUUAGGGCACACUAAAUUUGUCUAAACUUUACACCCAGUGAACACUUUUCCAUCAAGUGCAAAAGUGUACUCACUUUUACUUUGUUUAAUAUAUACAUAUAAUAACUCUGCAAAUUCCAUCUAGAUUCCUACAUGAUGAAUAUGCUCUUUAAAAAAAAUUGCCUCUUCAUAAAAUGUUUUGUUUGUAAAUGUAUUUUUUUUUAAAAAUCACAAGUACAACAAAUAUUUUUUAAAAAAAUCUUCCGCAAAUAGGAUCCAAUCAGCUGGUUGAAAUUUUAAUGAUCAUAUUGAAUAUGCUACAAUACACCCAAUUUCACUUGAGUACAAGGUGUAUAUGUCUACAGCAGGUGAAGUAUGGUGUAGACAAAUCAAGCAUGCCCAUAAGUUAUGAGAAUUAUUGCAAUGUGAAUUAAAACAAAAUGAACCAAUGUACUGUAUGUAUGUAUGCAUGAGCUCAUGGAAAGAAAGAUGUAUAACUGACCUUGCCCAAUUGUCUUUGGUUUACAAAUAUGACAGAAUUCUAGGUCAGUUUUUUCCCAAAUAUAGCCCCAAUCCUGACGUUUCAUCUUCAAAUACAAACAAUAUUUUGUACAGCCCAUUUCUAUGUAAAAGAGAAAUUGUAGACUGAAAGGGGAAAGUGUACGGGCAUAUUUCAGUGUGAUGGGAGUUAAAUAUUGGCUUGUAUUUAUUGAUAUGUUUACAAUUAUUCAUUAUAAAUACACAAUGCUUUCAUUAGAAA